AACUGCGUAAUUGAAGCGCGACAAACAUCAACAUAAUUGUGUAAGUGUCCGAGCGCGGUAGAAGUUACUGCGUUGGUUCUCUGGUCAGCAGACAUGUCUCUCCUGCGGUUCAGCGCUUCGGUCAGCAGGCGUUUACUUUGGAAGAGUGCAGCGGGGGAGUCAGUCUCCACAGGGUGUUCGCGGGCGGCCAGCGGGGCGGUGUCGGACAAGGAGCCGCUGAAGAAAGCCAAAACCCCGCAGGGACGCUUUGACCUCCCCGAGGAGAAGAGCAAAGAUGUUCUGGAAAAGUUUCCUGAUGAUGUGAACCCUGUAACCAAGGAGAAGGGGGGUCCCCGAGGUCCAGAGCCCACCCGCUAUGGAGACUGGGAGAGGAAGGGCCGCUGCGUCGACUUCUAGUCCGCUACCCACAGAGUGGCACUUUUUAAAACAUUGAUUGUUUUUGCUGUACGCUCAAAAGUCUGAGCUUCUACUCAGAAGGUGAGAAUAAGACGAAGAUAGACUGAGACAGUAUUACAGGGAACAAAGAACAUACAUGCAUACAUUUUGGACAAAAGUUGAAUGAUGUUUGUUCAAGGGGUCAAAAAAAAAAAACAAAUGUAGUCAAAAAGCCCCAAGGCUUCUGUUGCACAUUGAUGGUGUGUUGUUGUAGGUGAGAGUGCUGGUCCCUAAAGCUCACUGUGUCCUGUCCAUGAGUGUGAAUGCUAUGAUCAAUAAAAGUAAAGAUGGUUCUAUGUACAA